GGGAACAACAAUCUGUUUGAAAAUCUUUAUUUUACGAAAAUUAGGAAACGUACAAAUGGCGAUGCAUUGGAACGUUAACUGCGAUGGCUGCGGCAACACCAAUCUAGUUCACUUCCGCUACAAGUGCCUGCGUUGUCCCGACUACGACCUCUGCCAGGUCUGCUACGAUAACGAAGUGGAGUCCGGGGCCCACAAGAACACCCAUGCUUUCCAGUGUCUGCUGGAUCGCGCCGCUCGCGAGCUCUUCUUUGCCGGCGAGCCGAUUUCGAACCUUUGCGCCGAUAGUUACACUUGCCCGAUAUGCGGAGCGAUGGGCCACACCAACAAGGAGUUGAUCAAGCAUGUGCAGAAGAAGCACAGCAACGACAUGGCCCUGGUCAUCUGUCCACUGUGCGUGUCAGUGCCAUCGGCCCAUCCGGAUCGCGUGGCCAAUAUCAACCAUCAUUUGACCACCGCCCACGACACUGACAAUAUGCGCACGGGCUGCAUGACUAUGACAUCCGGUGCGCUGCCUCAGGUAAUGGAGAGCGCCCAGGAUGCGCCAUCUUUCAGCGGCAUACGCAUUGGAUUUUCAGCAUCGCAAGCCCCACAGCAUUCCAGCCCAGUCUCGCCAGCCCGCAACUUGCACGUCACCUUCGGAGAUAAUCGUUACAUAGACGGUGGAGAUGGUGAUGGACCCAAUGCCGACUAAUCUGAUAAAUUCAUAUUAAAGUGUCCGACGCAUUAUGUGGAGUGCUUUCCAAUACCUUAAAGGGGGCGCAAAGUAUGCUCAACAAUGUUGUGGAUCUUUUAAAAAAAUUUACCCCAUACACAUUAAUUGUUUCCCUCCCUGCGAGAUAUUAAUCACGCAAGUGAAUGCUGCACAUUCUAAAACAAAAUUGGAUGAAAACCCACAACACAAACAACACAAACAACACACUCAUAUUGAGACGGUACAGCAUUCUUAGGUUUAUGAACAAAUUAAAUAAAUGGCACAAUAAUGAUAACAUA